AUGGCCUUCUACUCUCGCUAUGAAGACUGCACCACUGCUGCGCAGAGUAAUGACUUUAGGAGGGGCACAGGUGGUGACUCUUGUGAGGGAAGGAUCUUGUUCAUAGGACGCAUUUGUAAGGACGAGAGGUCUUAUACCACAGACCGACAUCCUCCACCCCUUUCGCACCAGUAUCGCAUUGGACUACAUCACCGAUUUGAUGACCCCGGAAAACGCCAGAAUGAACGUGAGAUGUCAAGUGAAGCCGGUAACACCGAGCUUCCCGACGAUAUCUUUCCGGUUAUAUGUGGUCAUCCUAAAAACCUCACCCGCCUGGCCCCGUUCAGGAAUACCCUCGACACGCAGCUGACGUACAAUCAGGUCGACUUUCAAGGCGAUGUCUGGGGCAGGAGAACAAAAUCAAGUUCGGCGAUCGGUAGCAGCUUAGGGAAUGCGCAGGAUGCACAAUCGGCUCAACCCAGCCUGGGUGGGCGAGUUUUGGAGCUGGAGAACGCAGACCAAAGACAAAUCGUCCGCGACAGUAUCGCACGGCGUCGGCUCUCACCUCAACCACCCCCCAGGACGGCCAAGCCUCAUAGGGGAGUGGUAACGGAAGUAGCCUAA